UGGCGUUUUCCCCCAGACUGAUUUCUUGGAACUGUGUCAGAAUCUGCCAGGAGCUUGUUUGAGUCCCAGGUGGACCAAGUAGUUGGAGUGUUGUCUACAUAAUAGCAGCUGGGAAAUUAAAAGGCUCUUCGUGUCUGUCUCUGUGCACCUUGGAUCUGCUCACCAGCAUCCAUAAGUGUCUGUCUCCUCCUUUACUUUGGGGAAGGAGUCGUACAGAGUCAGAAGCUGUCUAGGACAGUCAUUUGUCCCCACUGGAUUAAUAAUGCACUGAAGUGUUGUUUGAUGCACUGAAAAAAGGUUUAAUGGGCAAGUAGUUGUCUGUUUGACAAAAAGUGUUAGUGCUACUCACAGCUCUCAAAAGUGGUGCUUAUGAGAGUGGUGGGUAAUGUGUUUGUUGCAAAAGACUAUUUUAGGAUAUUUUUUUUAAAGUAUCUAAAAAUACUAAUUACUUAUAUAGUAAUACUAAUUACUUACGCUUUGUGGCUACUGUUGGUUAUCCAUGUGCUUGCCAGUAGGAAGAAAGAAGUGAAUAGUUGCUAGAGAUACCAUUUUCUGAGAGAAGGGGAUGGUUACACGAGAAAUGUCAUAAAACACUUAGUGCCCUGAGCCUUUGGGUUUGUAUUGUGCUUUGCCAGUGAUUGUUUUGACUUUACAUUUUAAGGAUGGAGACCAAAAGGUUGAGUUUUCUGUGGCCGUUGCUGUUCUGGAUGGACUUUAGGACAGAUUGAUUCUUUGGGAGAUGUCCAUGUGUGUGGUGAUAGGAGUUGGGGGGGAAUUAUGGGAGGAAGGGUAUCUGUACUGUCUGACUUGAGAUAUGGGCAGGCACAGGUAGGCUCAGCAGAGUAUGACCACACAUACUUCAUUUGCACAGGGGUGAUGAAAUAUAUUCUUACAGUUUCUGUGAGGCUUAUUCCUGUGGUCCUGAAUUCUUACAUUAAGUUGAGCAAGUCAGAGGAGCUCCUCUCCCAUGUAAUGGCAUAGAAUCUUGUGUGCUCUUUCCACGGCAAUGUGCUCGUAGGUCUUCCAGGUGCUAAUUUUAAGUGAGCUUGUCUUUGCUCAGCCCCUUUCUCUGUGCUUCAGGGCUGGAGGUAGCUGUAGGCAAUAACCUACUCAUUUGGGGUUUAACAGGGAGGUGUGUACUCACCAUGUGUAGAGGAGAAGGUGUUUUCUCUGUGGAGGUUGCGUAGUCCCCACAUUCAUGUGGCAAAACAGCUUUAGGUGACAAGUUAUUGAUUAUUCUGUUGCUUGAGAGUAAUUUCCAGUGCAAGAGUGUGAGCAGAGAGGUAAUACUGUGCAGACUUAGGGUUAGCAGUGAUUUCUCUGAUGUGGAUAAGUGGAAUAUUUUGUGGAACCGAAGACUUUGUGUGUGCCAUAACUUUUUAUUGGCAAGGCAUAAACAUGGGAAAGUCCACACUGCUUCAGAAUAAGUUAGGACCAUCUAGAAAUUGAUGACUGGCUGUGAGUUGCUGUCUACUCAGCUUAGAUGGACAAGUUAUCUCUUGAUGUUGAGAAAAUAAUUUAUAAAUAAGGGGGAUUUGUGGCUUACUAGGGAAUGAUAGAACAUGGUAUUUUUCACAAAUCAUCAGCUGUUUUGGGUGGGAUGUGGUCCAUGUGCCAUGUGAGGUGACCCUGGUGCAAGUGGCCCCUGCCUUUCUGGUAGAAGGUGCAUGUGGAGCAUGUCAGCUGAAAGUCUGAUGUGUGAUAAUUUGUGUAGUUUGGUUGAGGGCUGAGGUCUGCAAACCCUGCAGUGGAAAGAGCCAGGACAGUGUAGGUAGUCAGGGCAUCUACUGAUGGCAGAGCAGAGCUGUGUGGUGUUCAGGUGGCACGUGAAUUUAUGUGCACAUGUGACACUGUGUCUUUAGCCCCAGCAGUUCUUUAGGUACCCUGUGUAUUUUCUGCCCUUGUUUAGGAAAAAGGGCAGAGGAACCUGCCAUCCAGGAGAUGGAUGCAAGUGUAUUUUAACAAGCACAGGUCUAUCCAUGCCUGUGACAUCAGUCACUGCUGCCUCCUUUGUGCCAGUGAGCAUGUGGCCACCUGGCUGGAAGAAACAUGAAAGUUGUCUCCUGAAAAUUAUUCCUGUCUUAUCUGGAGCCAGUUUUCAGCUGGAUCACAAGUGCUAGCAAUGGAAGGGAUACAGUUGGGUUGGCUUGGGCUGGUGGGAGUUGCUUUCCUGGGUCCAGCAGGGCAGUUGGCGUACAGGAGGGUUAAGGCUGCGUUUUUGACAGACCUGUUUGAAUGCUGGUGGGUCCAAUCCUAGUUGUGUUACAAGCUUUAUGCAUUCCUGGGAAAGGAUGAGGAGGGCAGCUUUUGCUAAGAGGUAGAGGCAGAUUUAAAGGUGUAUUUAAUAGCCCUUGGUAGGGAGCCAUAUCUAGAAAUUGGGGCUGGUUCAAGGGAUUGAAGAGCAUCCUGUGUUCCUCCAUCCUCCAAUGCCAUGGGGAGAUGUGUGGGGUGUAGAAUACUCAUGUCAAUUUAUCUGUUUGCUUUUACAUGAUCUUAAGGAAGUCUGACAGCUCAAUAAAAGCGUUGAAUAACCCUUCCUGAGUCCUCUUGUUUCCCAGUUGCUCUCCUUAUCAAUGAGGUGUGUAAUCAAGUACUUCAUUAAACAGCAGCUUAUUAAAAAGUAAUGUGCAGUUCAGCUGCAAGUGUGUAAAAAUAAUCAAAUGCUUAACAAAACUGGUAAGUGCAGCACAUGAUGAAAACCAGUGGUAGCUCUUGGGUGUAGAGGAUUCACCUUUUGCCAGUGCAGCUGUUGUCCCUGUUAUGUGGUUGAAUGAGGGUCGGAGAAAUAGGAUGUGCCCUUCCCAGUAAAAUUGUGCUGAAGGAGCGUGUUGGCUGAUUACCCCACCUCUCAGGUCACACGGGGAAUCCACUGGUGGAUGCUCAUGCAGAGGUUUGCUUCCUGGUGGCUGGCAGGAUGAGUGGUGGCUCAAAUGCCUCCUGCUGCUGCUGGUUUUGGUCCCUCCUAAAGCUGCUGCUCUUCCCAGAGCAGUCUCUUACUCCGCUCUCUCUCCUUCCUUGCCCACUCCACUGUCACAGAUACAAUUCAGGGUGCAGGCUCAGCUGGCAUUCAAAGUUGUCUUUUGUUUUCUGUAGCAGCAGGUCUCUAGCCUUUUUUCUUCUUCCAUGCUGAUUUUUGGCUCUCACCAGCCUCAGACCAGCACAGACUGACAGUCUCAGAAAGGCCACGGGGAAAAUAGCAGCGUGCUCUUUCUUGUACACAGAGAAAGGUUUCUUGCCUUUAAUGCUUCAUGUCACAGUAAGGCCACAAGUCUGAUACUUUUAUCUACUUGGUAUGCCUUUAUUUCAUCUCUCCACAUUCUCCUUCUCAAAGAGGGGGAGAAAAGAGUGAAGUGAAUCAGUGAUGUCUGCAGCUGUUCCUGCUGGAGCAGCCAUAAUGCUGUACACCUCCGGGUACUUGACCACUUAUCACUGCCAAGCUUCUGCAGUUUAAAGGCCUAAAGUAGGAAUGAGCUAGUUUAGAUGUUUUUUUUUCACCUUCUGUUUGCAGUGCAGUAGUAUGGUGGCUGGUUUGUAGAAGUACAGGGGUGGUUCACAAAUACUUAACGGAGAGGUAAACCAAGAUGUGCAUUUGCGUCUUGUUGGUUACUCUGUGGUAGCUGUUCGUGUACGUCCUCUCAGCCUUGUGCUCUCCAAAUCACUGUGGAGAGCAAGCUGUCUUGUGCUGGCUGGGGACUAAGACCAUGCAGGUGAGCAGCAGAGAUGGGACACUAGGGGAUGGAAUUACAUUGCAGGAACUGGGUAGCCUAAAAGAUGGAUGGUGUCCCUCUUCCAGGCCUGAUCUGUAAUGCAGUUUUUUGCCAAGUUGGGAUUGAGUGUUUCAAGCAAUGGAGCUCUGGCCGUUGUUUGUGGUAGAUUCUUCCCAUCCUGCUGUGUGCUGGUGUUUUCCUCUUCAAGGGAAAAAGUGAUUUCUGUCGCUGCUUUGGUAGAGGUGUGUCAGUAUUGGCACUGGCAUGGCUUAGCCUGUAUUGUUUCACUGGGUGGGGUGGGGGAAAGGGGAGAGGAGAUAUUACUGGGUAAUUGGAUUCAGGGAUGAUUGUGCUGCUGUGGUAAGUUUUACUGGAUGAAGCAGCUUGUUGCGAUAGGUGUUUGUUUCAGCUUCUGUCUGCAGGUGUGACUUGGCCAGAUAAGGAUGGUCUAUCACGCUGAUGAUUUCAUUGUUUGAUUUGGCUGGACUGGGUGGAGAAUGUAGCUGCAUUGUUUGGGCCUAGCUUUGUAGUUUGGUUUUGUGAAGUGGAUUACAUGGCAGUGCAUUGCUACAUUAUUAAGGUGAAGCUGCAGUAGAUAAUAGUUGGAGAAUGUUGGAGGGAAGAGAAUAUGCACAGGGUUUCACAAUGCGUAACUAAUUGAGCCUCCAGCUCCUGCGUUUCUGUUGGGAGAUCUGGUCAGCAGAAUGCACUGGGAUUACACAGAAAACCUCGGGUGGUGAUUUCAGUUUGCAGUCAUACUUUAACUGCAGGGCUGUCCGUGCUGUGUAAAUAGCUGAGAGUGCUCUGAGAGACCAUGCUGGCCCUGACAGUGUGUGUGUGUUGUCUGGAUUCAUACUGUUCUUGCAGCCUCUACAGUUUUCACAGUGGGUGAGGGAGAAGCUGACUCCUUUUUUACUGACUUCAGUUUUACCAUUAAGCUGUUCCUCAAAGCCUGUGUUCCCUUGUAUUACCAAACUUUCAGGCACUUAAACUUGCUUUAACAUGUGAGUGAGCAUUAAUUGAUGCAGGGCUGUCUGUAUUGCUGAAAAUCUGGCCGAUGGGUUCUUGGGCCAUGGACUCUUCUGACCUUAUAGGAAAUAACCAUAGUACAAGGUGGGGUUGGCCCCUCUAUCUUGAGCAGACUUGCAGUAUGCCUUACUUGGGAAGGGUUGCCAUUGGAUUCCCUUCUCCCUGUAGUGUGUACAAUGACGUAAAGUAGGAGCUGUCAGAACAGUAGGUAGUGCCUCCUCCUCCUAAAACCUGCCCGGUUUUCCCCUAGAUGUGACUGCCUGGCUCUGCCUGAUGCUUGAUGUUUUUAUUUAAACAUGUUGGGCUCUGGAGGAGGUUGUAUAUGCGAAGCACAGGGGUUUGGCAGGAGUUACUGAGCACACAGUGAGGGGAAGGUGAGCCUUUGAAGAGAGAUGGGUGCAGAGAAGGGAAGGUGACAUGUCCAGGCUUUGUGUCAGCUUCUCUAAGCACAGAUGAGCUCAUGGGAAUUGAGCUGGCUGAAAUGUGGGAGUGCUAAAGCAGGUCUGACCUAUUUCUCCUCCAUGGGUAGCUUUUCAGAUUCUUCCAGUCUGAUGGUGGCUUUUUGGGGUGCUGACAAAUCUUGUCAGUCUGAGCAGAGGCUUCCCCUUGUCAGUGGUUCAGAGCAAGCUUUGAUUCCUCUGCUUCUGGGUGCAUGGAAGGGGUGCACAGCUUGGCUUUGGCUGUGUGUUCUCGUUGGUGAAACUUUUCCUCUCUCUUCUGUUCCAGGUGAUCGUUUCUUGUGAGACAAGUGGUUUGCAACUCAUGGCCUCCACGAUGAGUACUGCCGUGUCGUGACACCAGGGGUCUUGGGUGCCCUGGAGAUGCGAGACUUCCCCUGGGCGGCAGGAGGCACGCGUCUAGAGAAUGCUGGAGCUGCAGGAGGGAAGUGCCCAGUGCAAAACCAGCGAGGAGCCAAGAGAAAAAAGGCAAGCAGACAGCCAGCACUGAGAGGAGCGGGUGGCAGGAAGCGCUUCGACGCUGCCUCUGGCGGCACGAUCCCCAGGGGAACUUGACGAGAGCCCAUCUGCGUGCGUGUGAGACUGUGAGCUCAGGAUUUCUGUCAAUGCAUUCCAGUAACCCCAAAGUGAGGAACUCCCCGUCAGGCAACACACAGAGCCCCAAAUCAAAGCAGGAGGUGAUGGUCCGCCCCCCUACAGUGAUGUCCCCGUCUGGCAACCCUCAGCUGGAUUCCAAAUUUUCCAACCAAGGCAAACAAGGGGGCUCCACCAGCCAAUCCCAACCCUCUCCCUGUGACCCCAAAAGUGGAGGUCACACCCCCAAAGUGCUCCCUGGCCCAGGUGGGAGCAUGGGGCUGAAGAAUGGGGCUGGAAAUGGUGCCAAGGGGAAGGGGAAGAGAGAGAGGAGCAUUUCAGCAGACUCCUUUGAACAGAGGGAAGCUGGGACUCCUAAUGAUGACCCUGAAAUCAAAGACUGCAAUUCUGCUGAUCAUGUGAAGUCCCAGGAGCCUCAGCACACACCACACUCCAUGACUCCUUCAAAUGCUUCAGCCCCGAGGUCUUCCACACCUUCCCAUGGUCUGACUGCCACUUUGGAGCCAGCAAGUGGGCAGAAGACUCCAUCCAAAGUGGUUUACGUCUUUUCUACUGAGAUGGCCAACAAGGCUGCAGAAGCUGUGCUGAAGGGACAGGUGGAAACCAUUGUGUCCUUUCACAUCCAGAACAUCUCAAACAGCAAGGCGGAACGAAACACUGUACCCUUGAACCCCCAGAUCACUGCACUUCGGACUGAACCCAAGCCCCUGCCGCAGCCCCAGCCCCCCGCUGCCCAGGACCAGAACCCUCCCCAGAACGCCAAAAUGCAGCCGACCCCACCCGUGUCAGCGCCGGUGUCCAAAUCCAGUGGCCCCCCAUGUCCCAUAGAUCAGGACAGUCCCAGCGUGGAGAGCAAAGUGAUGUCCGUGGGCAGCCCUGCCAACUCUACCCCGUUGCAGACGGAAGGAUUUGGGCAGAGUUCGACCCCCAAUAACCGAGCGGUUAGCCCGGUUUCCCAAGGUAGCAAUAGCUCAGCUGCAGACCCCAAAGGUCCUCCCCAGCAGGUGUCUGGUGGGGACCCAUCCAGUUUGGGCGAGAAUCCAGAUGGACUGUCACAGGAGCAGCUGGAGCACCGAGAGCGCUCACUGCAGACCCUGCGAGACAUACAGCGCAUGCUCUUCCCUGAUGAGAAGGAGUUUGCUGGAGGGCAAAGUGGGGGGCCUCCCCCAAAUGCUGGGGUGCUGGAUGGUCCCCAAAAGAAACCUGAAGGGCCGAUACAGGCUAUGAUGGCUCAAUCCCAAAGUUUAGGCAAAGGGUCAGGGUCUCGGACAGAUGGAGGGGCUCCGUUUGGCCCUCAAGGACACAGGGACAUGCCUUUUUCCCCAGAUGAAAUGGGGCCACCACCAAUGAACUCCCAGUCAGGACCCAUAGGCCCGGACCACCUGGACCAUAUGACUCCUGAGCAGGUGGCCUGGCUCAAGCUGCAGCAGGAGUUCUACGAGGAGAAGAGGAGAAAGCAAGAGCAGGUGGUUGUGCAGCAGUGUUCCCUGCAGGACAUGAUGGUCCACCAGCACGGGCCUCGUGGGGUGGUCCGAGGUCCUCCUCCUCCCUACCAGAUGACCCCUGGUGAGGGCUGGGGACCUGGGGGCCCAGAGCCCUUCCCUGAAGGCAUGAACAUGUCACACUCUCUGCCCCCCAGGGGCAUGGCCCCUCACCCCAACGUGCCCGGGAGCCAGAUGCGCCUGCCUGGUUUUGCAGGAAUGAUGAACCCUGAGAUGGAGGGCCCCAGUGUCCCGAAUCCCGCCUCACGGCCUGGGCUUUCGGGAGUUAGUUGGCCAGAUGAUGUGCCAAAAAUCCCAGACGGCCGAAACUUCCCUCCUGGCCAGGGUGUCUUCAGUGGCCCUGGCCGAGGGGAGCGGUUUCCCAAUCCACAGGGCCUGCCCGAAGAGCUCUACCAGCAGCAGCUGGCUGAGAAACAGAUGGGCCUUCCUCCUGGUCUGAACAUGGAAGGCAUCAGGCCCGGCAUGGAGAUAAACAGAAUGAUGCCCUCCCAGAGACACAUGGAGCCUGGGAACAACCCCAUCUUCCCUCGCAUGCCGGUAGAAGGACCGAUGAGCCCUUCCAGGGGGGACUUCCCAAAAGGAAUACCCCCACAAAUGGCUUCUGGCAGGGAGCUGGAGUUUGGGAUGGGCCCUGGCAGCAUGAAGGGGGACAUGGGCAUGAAUGUCAGCAUGGGCUCCAACCCACCCCUGGUCCCUCAGAAGCUGAGGGAGGCAGGAGUCGGGCCGGAAGAGAUGAUGAAGCUGCGCCCUGGCGUCUCGGAGAUGCUCUCCUCUCAGCAGAAAAUGGUGCCGCUGCCGUUCGGGGAACACCCGCAGCAGGAGUAUGGCAUGGGUCCCAGGCCUUUCCUCCCCAUGUCUCAGGGCCCAGGAGUCGGUCUCCGGAAUCUCAGAGAACAGAUCGGGCCUGACCAAAGGACUAACAACCGGCUCAGCCACAUGCCGCCACUACCUCUCAAUCCCACCAGUAACCCCAAUAGCCUCAACACUGCUCCCCCCGCGCAGCGCAGCCUCGGCCGCAAGCCCUUGGAUAUCUCCGCAGCUGGUCAGGUGCAUUCGCCAGGAAUCAACCCCCUGAAGUCCCCCACGAUGCGCCAGGUCCAGUCUCCCAUGAUGGGGUCUCCCUCGGGGAACCUCAAGUCCCCCCAGACGCCCUCCCAGCUGGCAGGAAUGCUCGCGGGCCCCACUGCCGCAGCCGCUGCUGCCUCCAUUAAGUCCCCCCCUGUCUUGGGGUCUGCUGCUGCUUCUCCUGUCCACCUCAAGUCUCCGUCUCUCCCCGCACCUUCUCCUGGAUGGACUUCAUCUCCAAAGCCUCCUUUGCAGAGCCCCGGGAUUCCCCCGAACCACAAGGCGUCUCUGACCAUGUCUUCUCCAGCCAUGCUGGGGAACGUGGAGUCGGGUGGUCCACCUCCUUCCACAGUCAGCCAGUCUGCUCCUGUGACUCUCCCUGGAAACCUUCCCUCUAGCAGUCCUUACACAAUGCCUCCAGAGCCAACCCUCUCCCAGAAUCCCCUCUCCAUUAUGAUGUCCAGGAUGUCCAAAUUUGCCAUGCCGAGCUCUACGCCGCUCUAUCACGAUGCCAUCAAAACUGUGGCCAGCUCGGAUGAUGACUCCCCUCCAGCCCGCUCCCCAAACUUGCCACCUAUGAACAGUGUACCAGGUCCAAACCCAGUGGGUCCAAUGCCAACCCUUAGCCCAAUGGGAAUGACCCAGCCUCUUUCCCAUAACAACCAGAUGCCCUCUCCAAAUGCUAUGGGACCCAAUAUACCUCCUCAUGGGGUCCCCGUGGGACCCGGCCUGAUGUCACACAACCCAAUGAUGGGGCACGGUUCCCAGGAGUCUCCAAUGGUACCUCAAGGACGCCUGGGCUUCCCACAGGGGUUCCCUCCCGUACAGUCCCCUCCACAGCAGGUGCCAUUUCCACACAACGGGCCCAGCGGUGGACAAGGCAACUUCCCAGCGGGAAUGGGCUUCCACGGAGAAGGACCUCUGGGGCGUCCUACCAACCUGCCCCAAAGUUCGACAGAUCCAGCACUUUGCAAGACUGGAGGCCCUGGCGGUCCAGACUCCUUCACUGUUCUUGGAAACAAUAUGCCUUCGGUUUUCACUGAUCCAGAGCUGCAGGAGGUGAUCCGCCCUGGAGCCACGGGAAUACCCGAGUUUGACCUGUCCAGGAUUAUCCCGUCGGAGAAGCCCAGCCAGACACUACAGUAUUUCCCUCGUGGGGAGGUGCCGGGCCGCAAGCAGCCGCAGGGUCCCGGGCCCGGCUUCUCCCACAUGCAGGGGAUGAUAGGAGAGCAGACCCCGAGGAUGGGACUAACGUUGCCUGGCAUGGGGGGCCCCGGGCCGGUGGGAACUCCGGAUAUCCCCCUCGGGACGGCUCCGUCCAUGCCGGGCCACAACCCGAUGAGGCCGCCGGCCUUCCUGCAGCAGGGCAUGAUGGGGCCGCACCACCGCAUGAUGUCACCAGCACAGCCGGCCAUGCCCGGCCAGCCCGCCCUCAUGAGCAACCCCGUGGCCGCCGUGGGCAUGAUCCCGGGCAAGGACCGAGCCCCCGCGGGGCUGUACAGCCACCCGGGCCCCGUGGGGUCGCCCGGGAUGAUGAUGUCAAUGCAGGGCAUGAUGGGACCCCAACAAAACAUCAUGAUUCCCCCCCAGAUGAGGCCCCGAGGUAUGGCUGCUGACGUUGGCAUGGGAGGAUUUAGCCAAGGCCCUGGAAACCCAGGGAACAUGAUGUUUUAAGCUGCUACCAUAAGACUGGAUGUUCUGAUCCUUGUCAAGAUGAGAUUCCAAGUCCUGAGGGCUUUUUUGGGAGCUUCAGGAGUACAGUUUGGCCAUGCAAUAGGUGAAAAGAGACCAGAGGACGCUUUGGGAAAUCUCGAAUGUAUGGAAUUACCUGAGAAAAAAAAAAAAAAAAAAUUAUUCAUUUAAACAGGUUGUUUUUUUUUUAAGAUUUAUUUUUUAAAAAUUAUUUUUGUGGACUUGGGUAUCCCGUGACGGCACCUGCUUUGAGAAUCUGUAGCUGUAUUUUGAGAAUUGCCAUUUGUCACAAGUUGCACCAUUCUCUGUAUGUUUACGUCCUUCGGACUGGCUUCUCCCAGGACUCUCGGUUAUUUUUGGGGUUUUUUGUGUACUGUACUAUAUUGUAAAAGGGAUUUUAGCAGAGACUUUUAGUCUUUGGGGUGAGAGGAGAAUGGGAUUCUAGGCUGUUUACUCUAGGUGGAGAAUCCAUCUUCAGAACUUCGGACUAUUUUCCUUCAACACCCAAUGUAUAGAAAAACCAAACUACGACCUCAGAGCAGAGUAUUAAUGAAAAGCACAAAAAGGAACUUAAGUUCAGUGAGGGGAAUCUUUUAAAAGAAAUAAAUAAUAAGUUAAGGACAUAUUUUUCAAAUUAUGGCGUGCUGUCCAGCACCUUCUGUCUCUCCCUCCCACUCUUUAUUAAAUAGGCUUCUCUCUCUCCGUCCCCUUCUGUCUCCUCCUAUGGCAGCUGCAAUACAUUGUGUUAUUUUGGGGAGUAAAUCUAGGAGAGCCUCUCCUCACGUGGGGACUCUUCCCACUUCUAGGAAGGGGCUGGACUUGGACACUGUUACAUCCUACAGUAGUCUCUCUCACUGUUUCCUAUUCUCCUUUUCUUAGAAACCCCAAGUGAUUUUAUUAAUGUGGGAGUGGAACAGACACUAAAAGUUACCCAGGAUUUUUUUUUUGUGGUUAUUUUUUUUUUUUCCUCCCCAGCGUAAAACGUUCUGUGUAACCUCCAUUAAAUUUGGUACAAAACCACUCGCCAGGGCUGUGGUGUCAGAAAAAUAAAAUAUAUUGUUUCUUACAAAAA